GCUAUGCUAGACAUCCCAGUUUAUAAAAGUAGGAUUCAGUCCUUGCAUGUGUUGUUCACUCUCUACUCUGUCUUCAAAAACUCCUCCCACUUUCGGACGUUAGCAGAAGACAACUACAUAGAAAAUGAUGAUUCGUCUGCUGCUGAGAGAAUGGUUUUGUAAAUUUAUGUGCAAACAGUUUGAAUUCUAUAUGAUUUUUAAAUUGAAAAUCUGAAUAAAAUCUGUAAAAUGUAAAUAUUAUCCAUUGUCUUUGCCAAUGUAAAUGAACACUUAUUUUCCAUUAUUGUCUUACCAGUCAAGCAUGAGAAAGUAAGAGCUUUCCUAUACACCAGUAAUGGUUGCGUAUUAAUCCUUGGGAGACUGUUUUACCUUUGUUAUAUUGUGGUAUAUCAAAAAUUAUCAUGUGACAUGUCCUUGAAUAUUACUGAAUAAAGGAAGAUUACUGUUGCCAGGAGGAGAUGUGGAUAAGAGGAAUGUAAUUAUUCAUAAUAACCUCUUCAUUAAAGUUAUGAAGGAAAAACAUGCAAUUUCUAUAUUUACUUGGCACUUGCAUUCAACUCACAUACAAGGCAGUCCUCGGUUAUCAGUGGGGGUCCCGUUCUUGGUAGGGUGGUAAGCGAAAACCACCAUUAACCGAAACUAGUGAUUUACUGCGCUUAUGGCUCCGAGUUUCGGUUAAUGGCACCGUUAGGUAUGUUAUAGCACCAUCAGGUGCUGAUAACCGAAACUUGGCCAUAAAUUGCCAAUUUCAAGGCACUUUCUAAAACCGGAUCGCCAUUAACUGAGUUUGCUUAUAACCGGGGACUGCCUGUACUAAAUUUUGUGGUUUUAUUGAAUUUUCAUUUUUCUCCAGUGACAUUCAGCUAUGUUUGCAAUUUCCUUGUUUUCUGACACUAUGGCUCUCUGGUUAGAAGUGUAUUUCACUCACUACUGUGGAUCAUUCUUAGGUAUGCACAUUAUUUGCUCCAAUAUGUCAAAACCUGUGUUAAAACAAUUAUUAUACUGGAUAUUUUGAACAGUUUAAGCUAUUAAAUGUACCAGCACCUAUUUCCUUGCCUGAAGGUAUAGGGUAAUGGAUUACUAAUGUACAACUCAGUUUCAUCAGAAAACACUUAACUACUUCAA